AUGAAGAGAUUGUUCAUUACGACAUUCUUUCCUUAUUGCUCGAAUAACAACAAUGUUGCAAAGGCUCCUCAUAGUACUGCUUUGUCUCCAACCACGGAGGAAGAGCCCAUCAACUUGGAGCUGAUAUCAAGAACACUGUCGAGUAGAGGUUUGACCGAUAAUGACCUUCUUAAAGCAGUGCAUAAUGGAAGGAAUACUCUUCAACAACUCGCAUCAAGUCUUGGUAUUUCUGUAUCGCAUUUGCAAGAGUAUCACAAGCAUUUGGUGAAUAGGUUGAAAUGUGUGGAUGACAAUGGCAACAGGAGGGCACCUUCAAAACCAACUCCCAUCCGUGUCACACAGGCGAACCACCACCAUCAUAAUGCUCAUUCUGAAAACAACAAGCAUUCUCAUCACAGUGUAAAUAACGACCACUACCAGAAUCAUCAUCAUUCUUCAUACCACCAUCACCACUCAAGUCAUGCACUUCAAUCCAGUACUCAUUCCUUGUCAUCUUCCUUGUCAUCAUUUGUGAAAGAAAAUUAUUUCAGUGAAGAUGUUCACACUGAAACAAGUGCAGAGGUCUCAAGUAGCAUCCAUAUCUCGACUGUUAGUAACACAAAUACUUCAGCACUUUCAGAAUCCCAUCACAGUCCAUUCUCUUCCUCUCUCAAAUCAGGAGGUAUAAGCUCUUCCAUUGACUAUAACUUUUUUGAUGAUGACUCGUACACUUCUCGUUCUGCCAGAGCUUCAAAUGAGUAUCAACGCCUUCCUUCUACCAACCGAUAUCACAAUGAUGACGAACUUGAUCAUGCUUUUGAGGGAGUUGUCCAAAAUGCCAUCAAUGACGCAUCGUCCAAUGCUGCAACCCUGCCUCCUCUCGAUUUUUCAUCUCCAGAAGAGAAGGCAAAAGAAGAAUUGCAAAACAUUAUUGGUAUCAUUCAAAAUCAGAAUAAGGCAUUCCCAAAGUCAGCUCUGGUGGCAGCAUUUAAAAAACUCAACGACGAAGGCCGAUUACCAAGUACACCUUUCAAUGUGACGAGCCCACUUCGUCCUCUCACUCCCACCUCGCCUGCAGUUCAAGUUAUUGGGAAGCCGAGUAGCACCACAGCCACCGUCACAAUUACAGACAUUGAUUCAGAUUGUACUCCAACUCUGGUGUCGUCAGUCAUACUUGAUGAUUCAAUCCUACUCAGACCAUCAAGCAGUACCAGCAACUGCUCUAAUUCCACCACUUCCCCGUUCAUGUAA